CAAAGUUCAUGAUUAUUUAUGAAGCAUCUGAUGUGAUGGAAGUAUCUAAAGAAAUUCCAUAUCAUUGCCUGGGUAUUGAUGGAGCUCGGGUGGAGAAAAUUCUUGACUUCGCCUCUAUUACCCUCAACAAAAAGUCAGUUCCGGGUGACAAGAGUGCCUUAGUGCCUGGAGGUAUCCGCAUUGGAUCACCUGCUAUGACAACUAGAGGAUUCACAGAGAAAGAAUUUGUACCAAUUGCAGACUUUAUUCAUGAGGGCGUACAGAUAACCCUUGAAGCUAAGCGGCUAGUCUCAGGAUCCAAGCUUCAAGAUUUUUUGAAGUUUGUAGCAGCCGCUGAUUUUCCUUUACUGGAUAACAUGUUGAACAUGUUGAACUUGUUCUCGAUUAAUAACAUUUUUCUUUUUGGUAGAAUGCAUGAUUGAAUUUGUUAGAACAUAUUACAAAUUUUGUAACCAUCCAAAUAACUAGAUAAAAGAAAAAGGUAUAAAAAUAGAUGAACAAGUUAUUUAGUUCAUUACA